AUGACGCCGAAGCCCCGCGAAUCCGACUUCCCGCUUUGCCAAGACUACCUCGACGCCCUCCGUCUCUGGGCCGGUCGUCACAACGUGAACCGUCCAUUUUAUGACGAGCGUUUGCGCCAUCCAACUCCAGUACCCCAGCAACCCACCCCUGAGCGCGCGCGCUCCCCGGUGCCGGUCCGCUCCCCGGUCUCAGCCAACCCCACCAUUGAUCUCGAACCGAUCGUGAUAUCUUCGGGUCCGCCGACCCCGGUAGCCAAGUCUCCGGUUGCUCGCUCUCCGUCCCCGAGCCCUAUGCACGUCAACCCCGCGCCGGAAGUUCUCCGUCCCACUCCGCCACCGUCUGUUGGCGCCGCCCCCGAGCACACUACCCCUGACUCGUCUCAGCCCGCGCGUCUCAACUUCUUGCGCACUCCCCGGCCUGCCGAGCGAGGACCGUCCGAGGUCCCGGACUCAGUUUGCUCCCGUGCCGUCACUCCCCGCCCAGUAGUCAACAGCUCCCCAGUCGCGCCUACCCGAGCCAACCCUUUCGCCGCCUCCCGCCAUUUCCGCCAUACCCUUCCAGCCCGAACGACCCUGCCCUCCAUUCCCGACGAGGCCGGCGACGUGUUCGACGCCAUCCCUGCGGACGCGGUCGAAGCCUUUGUCUUAGGUAUCCAAGGCCGAUUCGAAACGAUCCUCAGCGCUUCUGUUCUUCCGCCCUCGAUCCGCCGCUCCAUUUACUCGGCUUUCCUUGCCGAACUCCGAGACCUCCGCCGCCAUCGCCUCCCGGUUAUGGCCGUGUUUGACGCACGCCUUGCCGACUAUCCCGACGGAAGUGGCAAUGAUCCCGCUCCCGGUUCCGGCUCUUCCUAA